AUGGCUACUGAGGACGCCCGCUACAGGGCUUCAAGCCAGUUUCGCCUCUGGUCGUUUACGCCUUCACAGCUGUCAACGCUUCGCACUGAUAGCAACAACCUGGCCAAGACGGCCAUAUCUGCAAGGCUUCAAGGCUCCAAUCCGCCAGUCGAUCCGUUGCCCGAGUUCCUGACGCCGGCCGAGGAGCUAUCGCUGCUCACAUUUUACACCGUCGAGCUCCUGCGAGCGGCCGCCUUCCUAGAACUUCCCACCGAGAUCCGAGCGACGGCUGCCAUCUUCUUGCGACGAUUCUACGUUACAAACAGCAUAAUGACGUACCCUCCUACGGAACUGCUCAAGACAUGCCUCUUCUUUGGAUGUAAAGCAGAGGGAUACUACAUGCGCUUGUCCAAGUUUGCAGAUAAAUUCCCCAAUACGAGCGCCGAGGUGGUAUUGGCUGCGGAAUACGUCCUGUGCCAGGGCAUACGGUUUGCAUUCGACGUUAAACAUCCGUUUCGGGCACUCGAGGGCACAAUCAUGGAAUUGCGGCGUCUCGGAGAUUUUGAGCAGUCGAGGAUAGAUCGCGGCCACGCCCGAGCGAGGGAGAUUCUAAAGUUCAGCCCAAUUGUCACGGAUGCCUAUUUCCACUACACGCCCAGUCAAAUUAUGCUUGCUGCACUGGCGAUGGCUGAUGAAGGCUUGGCGCAACGAUUGCUGAGAGAUGCUUUCGCAGGACAGGGCGAGGCAGCAAAAGAUCAAAUCUGGAGCGUUAUCCAAACAUGCCGUGGAAUGCUCGAGAAGGAGCCUCCAGAGAGAAUGACCGAGCACUGGGGUAGCCAAGAGACAAAUAAGGCAAUGAAACCACUGGUGAAGAAACUCAAGAAAUGUCGAGACCCUGAUAGGGUGGACCUAGUUGCGCUGCAAAAGGCCCGCCGCGAGCAGGCUGAAAAGAAGAAGCCUAAACCUGGACUGAAAGACGACGCCGCGGUCUUCGGUGGAUCACUUGGGGAACCAGAUGCAAAGCGUCGAAAGACAAUAAAUGCGGAUGAUCCAUUCGGGCCUCCCAUUGCUUUGUAG